UGGCGAGGAAACUGAGGCUCAGAGCGGUGAAAUGAUGCCCCAAGGCCACUCAGCACACGGGCGUGAGGGGAAGGACUGAAUCCAGCCUGUGAGCACCAAAGCCUGUGUCCCCACUACAUACUGCACCCCAAGGCUUUGUCGGUGGAGGCCUCUGUCCCGGGGCCGUGCCCUGGCAGCGGGGUUUCCUUCCCAGCUGCAAGACGGUGUGUGAUGAGCCUUUGAUAAGACAGUGUGCAAAGGGCCCGACACAUAGUAGGAGCUUGUCAGCUUUCCAUCUUAGUCCCAGGAGAGAAAGAAAGGCCCCCUAAGGCCCAGGGCAGGGCCCAGGAGCAGCCCCGGCCCGGGCCCCCUUUCUCUGUGUCACCGAUCUCCUCUCCGUGUCCACGGAGGGCUCCCAGGAAGGAACAAGGGCGCUAAUCCGCUUGCUACAGAGCCUCAGCUUGCCGAUGCAGGAGUGGUCCGGGGGGAGCCCUUCUGCAGCCCCGUUUUCUCAAACUCCAACCUGCUGCUUGGCCCAGGCGGUGGCCGGGCAUCAGCUGUGCACGGAAGCUGGAAUCUGACCCCUGGCGUUGGGCCUGGUCUCCAUGGCAGCCGCGGAUUUAUUACUGGGGCCUCCACCCAGCUUGGCGGACUUUCGACUUGAAGCCGGGAGGAAGGGGAACCGGGAAGGCGCUUCUGGGAGCAGCGAGCCCAGGGUGGCAGCCAGAGGCUCCACGAUGGCCAAGUUUCUUUCCCAGGACCAAAUUAAUGACUACAAGGAAUGCUUCUCCCUGUACGACAAGCAGCAGCGGGGCAAGAUAAAAGCCACUGACCUCCUGCUGGUGAUGCGGUGCCUGGGGGCCAGCCCGACGCCGGGGGAGGUGCAGCGGCACCUGCAGACGCACGAGCUGGACAGAAAUGGAGAGCUGGAUUUCUCCACUUUCCUGACCAUUAUGCACAUGCAAAUCAAACAAGAGGACCCAAAGAAAGAAAUUCUAUUGGCCAUGUUGAUGGCAGACAAGGAGAAGAAAGGCUACAUCAUGGCGUCCGAGCUGCGGUCAAAACUCAUGCAACUUGGGGAGAAGCUCACCCACAAGGAAGUCGAUGAGCUUUUCCGCGAAGCAAAUAUCGAACCAAAUGGCAAAGUGAAGUAUGAUGAAUUUAUCCGGAAGAUCACGAUUCCUGUGCGGGACUACUGAAUGAAGAGAACACAGGAGGGCCUCCUGGGCCUGGAAAUGCAGACUGAUUGAUUUUUAAAAAGGAAAGGGUUCCUUACACUCUAGGGAGAUGGCAAACACAGCAGCAAGAUGACAUUACCCGACUGUGGCAGAGAACUCAGCAAUGAAAAGAAAUGAUUUCAGCCAUGGUGUUAGCAUGUCUUUAAUAAAAGAUUUGUAUUGAUGUUAGUAA